AUGCAAAACAAAAAUGUCGACGGCAAAUCUGUUGUCCUUGAAGGUGGAGAUGUGUUUUUCACUGGUAAAGAAAUCUUCGUCGGUGUUCGUAAAAACGGCACGAAUUUCGAAGGUGCCAAAGCAGUUGCACGGGUGUUUUGUGAUCAUGCCGUAAUCCCAAUACACAUGUCAGAUAAGGCCCAGUGUCUCAGAUAUUACGUUGCUGUCGCAGCACCUGGUAUCCUUGCAAUCGGAACCAGCAAGGAAGCGCAAAAUAUCCUGAAGGUUCUCGAAGGAGAAGCUAUGCUCAGAUAUAGGAUUAUACCAGUUGAAGACGAUGAAGGAGUAAACUGUAUAUUAGUGAACAAACGCCUUAUAUUUCAACGGAAUAAAACGGCUGCAGUGCGUGUUUUUUUCCAAAAAGAAUCAGGUCAGAAGGUAUCCACCGCGGCGGCAGGCUGGCGAUGCCGGAAAGCUCUGGAAUGA